GCCAGCCGGCAAAUGAACGCGCAAACACUAAACCCACAUCAAAAAGCGUCUCAAGCAAAACAAAGCCAUAACGACAUAUAUGUCGACCUGCCAUCCGCUCAUCACCUUCGCCGACAGCGCACGUUAGCGCUCAUCAGUAACACCGUGAUAUGCGCGCUUCACCAAUUCUGCAAGUCUCAAGAACGCCAUCAACAACAAAGUCGUUUGCUUAUCGCAGCGCGUCGAUCGCCUUGCUUGGCGCGACAUUUGCUUAAAAAGUAUAGAAUACAACGGGGUUCGUUUCAUUUGCGUUAAGACAGCGCGUUUGUACAGAACGUACACUCUGUAAAAAUAAGCCAUAAAAAUUCCGUAUAAACAGAACAGACAACGAGAUCGCGUCGUACGAGUCAAAGCACAAGUGUGUGUAUGUGUCUAUUUAGUAUCGUUAGUUGAUCAUUUUAUUUUUUCAAAGUGAAUAAAUUUUCAAAAACGUUUGAAAUGCACAAUUUGUGCGGUUCGUAAGCUUCUAAAAGUUUUGAAAUCUUAUAUUUUUUAUAUAUGUGCAUUGCAUAUAUAUGCCUUGCCAAAAAAGGUACGAGCCGUAAAAAGAGAUUGAUCGAAGAUCGCUAUUGAUUGACUGAUCGUGCGAGCGUUGAGCGUGUGUUUAUGUGAUCGGAAUUGGAAAUUGGAAUUUUUCAACAUUUUUCAACGUACAUUUAAUCGUUGGAAAACCAAAAACGGAGUCCACUCAAAGUUGAACAGGUUUAGAAACAUAUAAACAUAGUUACAGUUUUGUUUUAAAAUAUAUAUAUAUCUACAAAUAUAUGUGUAAUUCUCUCAAAUAAUUUGCGCACGCACAACACUUAUAAGUUCCUUAAUUUUAUGCACACUGUGCUUGAAGUAAUCACAGUAAUAAAAAAACAAAUAAGUAAUAAAGAACACAAAAAAAAAAACAAAAAAAAAAUGCCGAAUGACUGCCACUAAAAAAAUCGCAGAUAAAAUUGUAAAUUGUAAGUUCGUGUAAGCUACGGCAGCGACAUACAUGAAAAAUGCAUUCAUUAUAUCUUAACGAGCAUUUAUUUGAUGCACAAACAAGCACGAGUCUUGACCACAACACCGAACGUAACAGUACGCCAGUGUCCGUUGUGGCGGCAAAGAAUACGCAACUGUGCGUGAAAGCGCAUAAACCGAUUGAAAAGAAAUUGCUACUUGCUUUGAAAAAGUUCAUCAAGUGAAGGAGGAAGUGUCUAAGCCAGCGACUAGCGAGAACAAAGAACGACACUGAAAAGUGAAAGUUAAGGAAGUGGUGCUAAAGAAAACGAACAAAGCGUUAUUUUUUUUUAGCGAAAAAAGGCGUGAAAAGUACAAUAUUAAUCUGUGAGCAAAGUGUUCCACAAGUUCAAUACAGUCUUUGAGCUAGUAAAUCUACAAUAUAAUAAUUUUGUUGAAACUGAAAGUGUAUUAAAAAGGUGUGAAAAACAGGAAACAUGUAGUGUUUGAUAAUAAGUGUUCAAAUUAGUGGAGAAAAAUAUCUGUAAACUGUGAUAGAUACUUGCAUAAGCAUUUUUAAGCAAAGCGUGGCUAUUUUUGCUGCAAAUUAUAGAACAAAUAAAACAAAACUUAAAACAAUAUUGAAUCAGCAAGCAGAUGUGCUUAUAAGUGUAACUGUAACUAACAGAAAUUUAACGGUUGACUUAACGUAAAAGCAAAUACACAAUUUUGCUAUAAUUUAUAGUAAAAAAAAAUAAAUAAAAAACUGACAAUUAAAAUUCAGUUAAAGGAUUUAAAUUUAAAGUUACAACGUAACCCAAAUCGCUUUUCAAAAUAUUUCACGUCAAUUUUUUUUUAAACAAAUAAUUUCGAAAACUCAAAAACUUCUAAAAUUUUCGAAAUACCAAAAAUAAAAUCAAUAAAUAUUGAAAUUUUGUGUCACAAAACACAAAAGAUCCGCAAACAGUAUUAAAAUUUAGAAGUCUGCAAAACAGUCUCCCUCACCUAAAAACAAAACAACUAAAAUGAUCUUCAACAAAUACAUCGAAAAACUCUCCAACUCCUUUGGCGGCAUCUCCACCGCCAAACAGCAAGAACAAAAGCAGAAUCAGCUCAUCAAUGAUUACAACAAUACGCGUAACAUAGAAUACGAAAAGGCAAUGGCAGCCACUUACAUUAAUAGUGGUCACUAUCAGCAUUAUGAGAAGCAAUUUGUUGCGUCCAAAAAGAAGAAACCCAACAAAAGCCAACAACAGCAACAUCAACAUCAUCGUGAUUUUCUAAGCAACGAUGAAUUGGCGACGAUAAAUAAUAGCAAGAGUAACAACAGCAGCUGCAAUAGCAGCAAAAGUGGCAGCAGCAGCAGCAACUCUCAAUAUCACAGCAACAAUGACAAAAAAUGUCAUAGUCAGAUUGGUAAUUACCUAAAGGUGCCUGAACACUCGUUCAACCGCCUCAACACCAAAGAUAUACCCGCCUUACGCAUAACCACCACAGAUUUGCAAAUCGAUUUGCAAACGCGUGAAAUGGAUGCUGGCGAUCUGAUGCCAUCAUCAUUGCAUUACUAUGAGGGCGACAUCUAUCGUACGCCACUCUCAUCGCUGAAUCCUUCACCCGCCUCGUCGUAUACAACUUCGCUGUCGACCGAGUCGUUAGCAGGCGCCUGCAGCCCGUGCUCGUCGAUGUCGGCUGCUUCGACGCCUACCUCGCUGUCGACGUCGCCACCGCAGUUUCACAGUCGUCCGCCCUCGCUGCGUUUGUCCAAGGAGUUGGCCACGAUAUACUGCAAAAUGCUGCACUUUCCAUGGUUUCAUGGCAAUCUUUCGGGUAAAGAAGCUGAAAAAUUGAUACUAGAACGUGGAAAGAAUGGUUCAUUUCUGGUGCGUGAAUCUCAAAGUAAACCUGGUGAUUUUGUGCUUUCAGUGCGUACUGAUGAUAAAGUGACGCACGUCAUGAUCCGAUGGCGGCAGGACAAAAAAUACGACGUUGGCGGCGGUGAACCCUUCGACACGUUGUCCGAACUCAUCGAACACUACAAACGCAAUCCGAUGGUGGAGACAUACGGCACAGUGGUGCAUUUGCGUCAGCCAUUCAAUGCGACGCGCAUCACAGCCGGCGGCAUCAAUGAACGAGUGAAUCAACUGGCCAAAGGCGGCUUUUGGGAGGAAUUCGAAUCGCUGCAGCAAGACAAUCGCAAUAUGUUUUGUCGCAUUGAAGGCUACAAGCCGGAGAAUCGCAGCAAGAAUCGCUAUCGCAAUAUACUGCCCUAUGAUCAUACCCGCGUUAAACUACUGGAUGUGGACAAAAGUGUGCCUGGCGCUGAAUAUAUAAAUGCGAAUUAUAUUCGCCUACCCACCGAUGGCGAUUUGAAUAGCAUGAGCUCAUCGUCGGAGAGUUUGAAUGCCACUGGCAUGGUGGCCUCUUGUCCCGCUUGCACCGCCGCCCAAAUACAGAAGCACUGUACCAACUGUCAGAAGCUGAACAAGACAUGUGUGCAGUGUGCCGUCAAAACGUCUGUGCUACCGCUGAGUAAUUGUAUAACGUGUAAUAAAAAAUCGGAUACGAUUAAUAAGCAUAAGCGCAGUGAUUCGUCGGCCUCUUCGGCGACCGCUUACAGCACUGCUAGUUGCAGUUCGCGUGUGACUUCCAGUGCGGGUGGUUUGUUGAAGAAGAGCAACAAUGAGUUGGCGGAGCGUGACAUGUUCAAGGUGUACAUUGCGACGCAGGGUUGCUUGCAGACCACGAUUGUCGAUUUCUGGAACAUGAUCUGGCAGGAGAAUACGCGCGUGAUUGUGAUGACAACCAAAGAGAUUGAGAGAAACCGCAGUAAAUGUGCCAAAUACUGGCCGGAUGAGGGCCAAUGUCGACAAUUCGGUCCAGCGAAAAUACAAUGCCUCACAGAAAACAAAACAAAUGAUUAUACGCUGCGUGAAUUUCUAUUCUCUUGGCGUGAUAAGCCUGACCGCCGUAUCUAUCACUAUCACUUUCAAGUGUGGCCCGAUCAUGGUGUGCCCACGGAUCCGGGUUGUGUGCUGAAUUUCCUGCAAGACGUUAAUUCUAGGCAGAGCCAAAUAACGAUGACAGGCGAGAAUCCAGGUCCAAUUUGUGUACAUUGCUCAGCGGGCAUUGGACGCACGGGCACUUUCAUUGUGAUUGAUAUGAUUCUCGAUCAAAUCGAUAGAUACGGUCUGGGCACCGAAAUCGAUAUACAGCGCACAAUACAAAUGUUACGCUCCCAACGUUCUGGUUUAGUACAAACUGAAGCACAAUAUAAAUUUGUUUAUUAUGCUGUGCAGCAUUACAUACAAACGCUAAUACAACGCAAACGUGCCGAAGAGCAAAGCUUACAAGUCGGACGUGAAUAUACAAAUAUAAAGUACACAGGCGAAAGCAGCAGUGACACACAAAGAUCUCCGCUACCAUCAGCAAUUUCUAGCGUAAGUUUAGCAAGUAAAAACCAAUCAGUGGCCAGCAGCAGCAUCAGCAUUAACAGCAAUGCGCCCAGCAACGCCGCAGAGAGCAUGAAUCAUUAUGCCAGCACUGGCGUUGGCACUUCAACCGCCAACAAAUCGGCGCAGUUGUACGGCACAGUGACAGCAGCUCCACCACCGUUAGCAAUGAAAAGCAAACAAGCGCCGCUGCCACCAAUGCCGGCCAGUGCGCUCGGCGGUAUGGCAUUGGCGACGAAAGUGGGCGAUAGCAGUAUGCAGCAACAACAACAACAACAAAGCGUUAUGCAACCGCAGCAGCAGCCAACAGCCGCUAUGGCAACCACGCCGAAUGCGAGCGGCGGCAGUGCUGCUGCGGCAGGUAAGCAGCCAACGAAAACAUUCCCAAAGACAUGAGCAUGCGCACAGGCAGCGCUCAGCAGCAGCAACAACAACAGCAACGACAACAGUCAGCGCCGCCGACACCGCCGCGCACUAGCUAUACAUGACAGUUAAGGUUUUAAAAGCAUAGCGUAGCCGCCAAACCAAAUGUCUCUGUUAGAAAUUUUUCUUCUUCUUCCCCUCUUUCACGCUAACACGUAUGGGAAUGUGGCUUCAAAUGCUGCCGUGCUUUCAAUUGUACGCGUCGCGCCUAAGGCAGGACUACAAAGCCUAAAAAGUAAAAACAAAAAGUCUGUUGACGCAUGCGUACCACGUGUUGUAGUGGCAACUCCACGAUUUUGCAAAAAAUAUGCCACACUUUUGCCGGUUUACACUCGAAUUAUUUUUUAUACUUCAAAUAUGCGCCGAAAAGUGCGGAAAACUAUUUUUAUAUAAACCGUUAAACGUAGUUUGUUUAGAUUGUUCUAUUAACCCUUUAAGGGCUUUGUAAUAUUACUACUUCGUUGCUUUUUUUUUUUUUGCUUUUUGGCAUAUUUUUACUUUAUUUUUAUUUGAGUUUAAAUUAUUUUUUUUUCUAUUAAUUUCCAAAUAUUUUUAUUAGCGCCGAUUGCUAUUCGUUAAAUUCGUAGUUUUUUGCAGUUAUUUUAUUUAUUUUUAAUUGUUCACCCAACCCAAACAUUUCUCCCACUACCACGCCCACUUUAUGCAUACUUCUUUGCUCGUUUUCGUUUUUUUAAAGAGAAAAACCGUAAUAAUAAUAGUUAUUGUUGUUAUUGUACUAGCGUAGUUUGUUGCUGCUGUGGCUGUUGCUGUUUUUUAUAUUUUUGUUGUAGUUGUAGUUGUGUAAUAGCAUCGCUGCAUAGUAGCGCAGCGUUCAAGCAAACGUAAAAUUAUGAUUAAAAAAACAAAAAAAAGUAGUAAUUUAUAUAAAUAUGAUAAAGCGUUGAUUGUGAUCUGUAUUGAUGCAUUAAAAAUUAAAGAAAAUAUAAAAAAGCCAUUAAACCAUUAAGCUUAGCAAGAAAUGCGUCACCAAAACUCAAAAAAUCAAAAAUAUAAAUAUUAAAUAAAAAAUUGGCAAGCCUAAGCAAAAAAAAAA